CAUAGCUGCACCUACCUGGAGGACUAUAGCCUAUGGUUUGUCUUGUUAAAUCUCUCACCUUAGUGACUUAGGUGGUUUAAGUUUAUUGUCUUUGCUGGGACUUUUGACAUUGGGGUAAAACUCCUUGCAGGUGCAGCAUCUCCACCCCCACUGCUGAGUUUGCUCCAUUUCAUGACUGCUUUUUGUCAGUCCUCUGUCACAAGGGGAGAGGAGGAAAAAACCCUAACUGGAAAACAGAUCAUGUUCCACCUUCUCUGCAGCUGCACCUGAUCACCUUGAGCUUGUGUAUUGCAUUGAAUGAGAAACUGAGGCUCACCUUAAAUGCUCGUAACUCAUGGGUGUGACUUGCAGAAUUCUCUGAGCCGAGCAGAGCUGGCGAGCAGCUCAGGGGGGCCCACAGAGGUUGGGCAGGGGGAUGGUGCUGCAGCAAGGAUGAAUCUCCGAGGGAGCAGAGGGGCAGGUCUCCAAGAAAGAGGUCGUCAAACCCACUGCAGCAGCACACAAACGGCACCAGGCCUGGCUGGAAGCCCGUUUUUUUUCGGAGCUCUGCGCUGAUUUAACCCUCUCAAGCGGAUGUACUUCAGCGCUGCAGCAGCAGGUCCACAAGUGAACGCCGCUGUCAGCUCCCCCAGCCGCCCCCAAAGCUUCAGCAGCGAAGCCGGGGCGGAGGCGAGGAGCGGCGGGGACGGCACGGGAGCCGCGCCCCUCCAGGCUGGGCGGCCAGCGGGCCGGGGGUCCCGGAGCCCGGCGGGGCCGCAACACGUGGGCGCGGCGGGGCCGGGCGGGGCGCGGGGCGGCGCCCGCCGUGCCGCUGUUCCCGGCCCAGGUGCUGAACCGGCGCCAGCCGCGGCUUAGCGCCCACCCCCGCCUCCUCCCGCGCAGCAGCUGGAGCACGAGAAAGCGGAUCCGGCAAGUCCCGGUCCCUCCUCCUUCCUCCUCCUCCUCCUCAUCCUCCUGAGAGCCGCCGGAGGAGAGAGGUCGGAGCCGCCGCUUCGCGCAGCCGGCGAGCAUGGAGCGGGCGGCGGCGGGGCCGGGGGCGGCCGGCGGCUGCCGCUCGCCGCUUGCAUGAGGCGGCCGGGCGGCGGCGGGGAGUGAGGCCGGGCCGGGGCCGGGCUCCGGGCUCCGGCUGCUCCCGUAGCCACCCCCCGCCCCGGCCAUGGCGGCGGGCGCUCGGCGGGGCCGCGGCGGGGCGGCGGUGCUGGGCCCGCUGCUGCUGCUGGGGCUGUGCGCCGGGCGGGCGGCGGGCGGGCCGCUCCGCUACUCCGUGCGGGAGGAGCUGCCGCACGGCGCCUUCGUGGGCAGCGUGGCGAGCGACCUGGGCGUGGAUCCGCGGCGGCUGGCGGCCAGGGGAGCGCGGAUCACCUCGGGCAGCGGCCGGCAGUACCUGGAGUUGGAGCUGGGCCGCGGGGCGCUGCUGGUGCGGGAGCGCAUGGACCGAGAGGCGCUCUGCGAGCUGAGCCCCUCCUGCUUCCUCAGCCUGGAGCUGGUCAUCGAGCAGCCCAUCGAGGUGCACAACGUGGAGGUGGAGGUGCUGGACAUCAAUGACAACGCGCCGCGGUUCCCCCGCCAGGAUUACCGGCUGGAGAUCAGUGAGUCUGCCGUGCCCGGGGCCCGUUUCCACAUUGAGAGUGCCCAGGACCCUGAUGUGGGCACCAACUCCGUGCAGAACUAUCUGCUCAGCCCCAAUCGCCACUUUGCCCUGGACCUUAAAGGCUUCCAGAGCGGCAGCAAACUCCUGGAACUGGUGCUGCAGCAGCCACUGGACCGGGAGCAGAGUGCCCUGCAGCAGCUGGUGCUGACUGCUGUGGAUGGUGGGGAUCCCCCCAAAUCCGGCACAGCCCAGAUCUCUGUGCGAGUUGUGGAUACCAAUGACAACCCACCUGCCUUUGACCGCUCCACCUACACCGUGAGCCUUCUGGAGAACUCCCUGCCUGGCACGCUGGUGGUCAAACUCAAUGCCUCAGACCCGGAUGAGGGCUCUAACGGGGAUGUGAUCUACUCCUUCGGCAGCUACACCCCCCAGAAGGUGAGACAGCUCUUUAGCGUGGACCCACGCUCAGGGGAGGUGCGGGUUAACGGCACUUUGGACUAUGAGGAGGCAUCCUCCUAUGAGAUCUAUGUACAAGCCACUGAUCAGGGCCCUGUCUCUAUGGCUGGGCACUGCAAGGUGCUGGUCAACAUUGUGGAUGCCAAUGAUAAUGCUCCUGAAGUGCAGCUGACCUCCUUGUACAGCCCAGUACCAGAGGAUGCAAGGUCAGGAACUGUGGUGGCCCUGAUGAGCGUCACUGACCAGGACUCAGGGCUGAACAAGCAGGUGAGCCUGCGCAUUCCCCCCGGCCUCCCCUUCACUCUCAACUCCUUCAAGAACUCCUACACCUUGGUCACCCAGGGCAAACUGGACCACGAGAAAGCAGCAGCCUACAACAUCACAGUUACUGCUACUGAUUCUGGGAGCCCCCCUCUGUCCUCCCAGAAGGUGAUCCAUGUGGAGAUCUCUGACAUCAAUGACAAUCCUCCACGCUUCGAGGAGCCUGUGUACUCAGUUUACAUCCCUGAGAACAACCCCCUCGGAGCCUUCCUGUGCACUAUUAAAGCCACUGACCCAGAUGUCGCCAAAAAUGCCUAUGUGUCCUAUUCUCUACUCGAUGGAGAGAUUGAAGGGCUACCGGUUGCUUCCUAUGUCUCCAUUAAAUCUGACAGUGGCAGCAUGUAUGCUGUCAGGUCCUUUGACUAUGAGACACUGAGGGAGUUCCAGGUGAUCGUUCUGGCUCAGGAUGCUGGGAUCCCACCACUGAGCAGCACUGUCACUGUCUACAUCUACGUGGUGGAUGAGAACGACCAUGCUCCACAGAUUCUGUAUCCUACCUCAACCAACACUUCUGCAGCCCUGGAGAUGAUCCCACGCUUGGCAUAUGCUGGAUAUUUGGUAACCAAAAUUAUAGCCAUUGAUGGGGACUCAGGACAAAAUGCCUGGUUGUUCUUCUACCUGGUGCAAACCUCAGAUCCGGGUUUGUUCAGGAUAGAGCUCCAUACUGGGGAGAUUAGGACUACUCGCAAGCUGGGCGAGGACAGCACACCUACUUUCAACCUGACGGUGGAGGUGAGAGACAAUGGAGAGCCGUCGAUGUCCUCAUCAGUAGCCAUCACUAUUGCUGUGGUGGACAGAGUUUCCAAAAUCAUCCCUGACAGAAGAAGGCACUUUAAAAGCCCAAGCAAUUACUCAGAGGUCACUCUUUAUCUCAUUAUCGCUUUGAGCGCCAUCUCCUUCGUUUUCCUUUUCACAAUCAUUGGGCUUUCUAUCAUCAAGUGCUACAGAUACAGUCUGUAUGGGAGCUCCUGCUGUGCAGGGUGCUGUACGGUCAGAGAACGGAGCCCUGCUGAAUUGUACAAGCAGGCCAACAACAACAUUGAUGCUAGAUUGCCCCAAGGUUUAAAAGUGCAGCCCCAUUUCAUUGAAGUGAGGGGCAAUGGGUCUCUCACUAAGACCUACUGCUAUAAGGCCUGCCUGACUGCAGGAUCAGGAAGUGACACUUUCAUGUUUUACAAUACCUGUGGCCCAACAGGAACUACUGGUCCCUCUGCAGUGGUGACUGAGAGGCAUCUGACAGGACAAAGUGGGCAGAGUGCACAAAACCUGAUCAUACUUAGAAAUGACUCCAUUACUCCUAAUGAGCCAAAACACCCCAACCCGGACUGGCGCUACUCUGCAUCCCUGAGGGCAGGAAUGCAAAGUGCUGUGCAUAUGGAGGAGGCAGGAGUCCUGCGUGGAGGAGCAGCAGGGCCUGACCAGCAGUGGCCAACAGUCUCCAGUGCUACAGCAGAACCUGAGGCGGGAGAGGUGUCCCCCCCAGUGGGAGCUGGUGUGAACAGCAACAGCUGGACCUUUAAAUUCGGACCCGGCAAUUCCAAACAAGGUGGUCCUGGUGAGUUGCCAGACAAAUUCAUUAUCCCAGGAUCUCCUGCAAUCAUCUCCAUCCGGCAGGAGCCACCAAACAGCCAAAUUGACAAAAGUGACUUCAUAACCUUUGGCAAGAAAGAAGAGACCAAGAAAAAGAAGAAAAAGAAGAAGGGAAACAAGACUCAGGAGAAAAAAGAAAAGGGCAACAGCACCACUGAGAACAGUGACCAGUGAGGGAGUUAUACUGAAAAAACCCUCUUAGCCAGUUUUUGUAAUAAUGGCAGAUUUCUCCUAUGUAGCAAAUCCCAACUUCUUCCUACUGUUAACAAAUUUCCUGUAUGUACAGACUUGAGAAAAUCAGCAGGAAAUUCGGUGUCUGUCUAAAUUGCUUAACAGGUUUUGUCUUAAAAGCUUUAUUAAGUCUGGUGUUAACUCUUUUUCUCCACUCUGGCUUGUUUUCAGAAUCUAAAAAGCAGACACAAGUUUCCUUUCUCCUACGCCGAAAAGGAGAAUCUUCACAGUACAGCCAGUGAGAGGUUGGACUCUGCACUGUGGUUCCUGUGUUCCUGUCUUGAUGACACUUACAGGACAGGUUUAAAAGUUUUAAUGUUGUGCACCCUCUAUCUGAUUGGAAAUAUUUGUGUGCAGAUGUCAGCUAGGUGAUAUGAGAUCAGAUUAUAAAAAGCAAGAAGAGCUGGUAAAUAUGCAGCAGAGGAAACACCUAAUGAACACAAAUGUUCAAAGAUGUUCAGGCUGGGGAGAAAAUGUCUGAAAGGAGAUGAGCAGACUUGUCAAACCCUGAGAAGUCACUGUGUGGAAAUACUGAUUCCUAUACAUGACGUAUUGUACACACUGCUUCAAAUGAAACCUCACAUUUACAGCUCUUUAAGACACCAUAAAUUCUAUCUCUUUACCAAGCAAGCCAUUGGAAAAAUUGUUCCUUUAAGCCCUGCAUUACCCUGGUAAGGCUAGCCCUCAGAGAGUAACAAGGGCUGGGCUGACAUCCCAGGAAUGUAACUGUGAUGCUGUGUGUCCCUAUUUCCACAUUAUUUUGCACAUUAUGUCUCUGAAAAGGUCAGAGUUUUUCCACGACACUUAUGCAAAAGAGAGAAAAAAGUAACAUUAACUAUGCUAUUUGUUAUUUGAGAUAUUUAUUUAUAAAGAAAUAUAGCUGUAAAUGUUAAAGAAAUAUGAUGCCCUUUAACCCAAACAGAAGCCAAUCUAGAGCCAUUAUGAAUUACAAUUGCUGCUAUUAAAGUGCUUUAGAAAAACUGCCUGAAACAUCUGUAUUAUAUCGGCCACUUGCCAAUAACAGCUUUAUUCUGUCGGGUGACUUGGGGGCUGCCUCUUGCAUGUAUUAAUAAAUACAGGAAUAUCUUCUCUUUAUUUUUUUCUUUUGCAUUAUUCUGCACUUUGAAUACACCUUUGCAAACAAACUGUCCUAAUGUGAAGAAGCAGAAGCAAACUCCUCACACAAAUGGAUUUACUAACCUGCUAGCUCUGUGCAGUACCUUGGUGUUACCUCCCACACGACCUUCUCUGAUUUUAGUUUUACUUUUCUAUGAGAUUAUGAAUUUCUGACCCUACUUACACUCCUUAUGUAAAAUUCAAGUACUGUAUGUAUGCUGUAUGCUCUUAUAAGAAUCCUGAAAUAUUUAUUCUGUGCUUGUGUAUGUGAAUGUCAAUGCAACUAUUAUUAGAGUGGACUUUAAGCUUUACCGUUGAAUGUAAAUUCAUUAUUUCUUUUUUGUACACUUGUGGAAAAGUGGAGUAGUGUUAAUUUUUUAAGCCACUGUUGAUUAUCAGUUUUUUUUGUGUAUGAAACACAAGUAAAAUAUCUUUCUUAAACCAAGCCAUGCAUGCAUUUUGGGAUUUAUUGGUAAGAAUCUGUGAAGCUGAAGUUCUGUGAAUUACUAAACCUAAGGGUAUAAAUGGAGUAUUGAAUGUGGUUGAGGAUGUUGAUUUAAAACCAAUACAUGUAUUUUUAAAUAGAAUAUAGCUGAUGAGGGAAUUCCAAGGAGUUUUCUACAUUAUUGUACAUUCACAGAAUAAAGCUCAAGUGUCGUGUUAAUUGGAACUGUGUAAGAAACUACAUAGCUCUGAAAUUUCCAAAGGCCCUUUAAUCUAGGAUCAAAGAGAACAGCUGGAUUUCUUGAGACAUGUCCUGGAUGUUUUAAGUUUCCAAACUGCUGACAGUUCAGAAUAGAACAAUUCCUAUUCAUUUUUAAGAACCUGCAGCAAAUCUUAAAACAUCACAGCAAAGCUCUAAUAAAAGAAUUCAUAUCUCAAAGCAUGAACCACCAAUGGCCUCAUGUGGUCUAUUUAGAGUCUUCUUUUGUUACCAGUCUUGUUUUACUGGCAAUAAAAAGGUGCUACUUAAGAAAGAGAAUCCUUGAUUCGCUUUAAAGGCUAGACAAGAGGAAAAAAAACCUCAAGCUUUGGGGAGGAACUGUUCUUUUAUGCAAAUGUGCUAUGCAAGUACAUUUGGGUGUUUAUUUUUAUUUGGUGACUAAUCCAACAGCUCCCAAAACGUUCAUCAACUGUAGUUACAGUGGUAGCUUAAACACACAGAAGAACACUGUUGUAAUGUAUUCAUCAUAAAAUAGCUCUCUCAAUGCCUCUGGCAAAAAUUCAGUACAGAGAUUUAAUUCUUACAGGAAUCUCCUACACUUGAUUAUUUUUAGAUUUUAAUUGAAUAUUGGUUUUUCUUUUGAGUGCUUGCAUUUUCCCCUAUGCAAGCCAGUCUGACUCAUUCAUUUUUCAUCAGUGGCCAUACACAGCUGGUUUUCCAAGGCUUGCAUCUAUUAAAAUGAGCCAAGAGCUGCAGCAUGUCUCCAAUUUGCUGGUUUUAACACAAAAUUACCUUUACCAAUGCUGCCUUUAUUGCAGGUGCUUACUGCAUGGGGACUGUAUGCCUGAGUGCCUGGGGAGACAAAACAUAAUCUGAAGAUAAUCAUUCCAGCAUGAUUAUCAGUGAUGAUCAUUCCAGUCUGGAGAGCUGAUAGAACAGAGAAAAAGCUCUCACAGGAGAGGAGCUCUUGCUGGAAUUGUUUGAAAAGAGGCUGGGAUGCACUAGGAGGAUAUAUAUCCCACACACUCACUGUGUUUUCAGAAGACUGAAUCAGGCACCUCACCAGAUUUUAUAGAGAUUUUUCCAUAUUUGGACCCUCUGGGACAACUGGAAUGCUGAGAUGUCUGCAGUGAAAUUUGGCUAUUUCAUAACUAAUAUACAGAUGAUACCACGGACAUCCUUGAUUUUGGGUGUCCAGGAGGAGAAACCCCUGAAAGGAAGUAUGUUGGGAGGACCAGGGGUUGGUGGGGGCAGGAUCUGCACGUUCCACCACAGUUUUGGGGUUACUGUUUUAACAUCACACAACAAUGAAAAUUGAGAACCUGUGGUGGCCAGUAACAGCACAAAUUAAGAAAAAAAAUUAUUUAAUCCUCCUGCUGAUAAUGAAAUAAGCAUGACAAAAUACACUGCAGAUUUGCUAACAAGGAAAUUACAGUUUUGGGGCUUUUUACCACUUGAACAAUUUAUGUCUUUCAGAAUCCAUAUAUAAUCUCUGUGAGCAUUUUGUCUUUGGAAGUCUGGUUUCUAUGCAUACAAGAUCAGUGAUGAAAACUAUUGGGCUUUUAUAACAAUAAACCUGAGCUAUGUUGUAUAUUAAUUACAUCCUGUCAUUAAAAAAGAUCUAAUUUUACAUUAGGCUUCUAA